AGAGGGAGCUGCGCGUCUCUCGUCGUAGGUUGGCACUUCGAGCCGCGCUUACCCCCUCGGUGUUACGCGCGCGGGUUCGUGGCGGAGCUUUCCCGGUUUCUCCUCUUGUUGCUGGAGGUUUGUUCUUGAUUUUUUUUCUGGAUGACCGCACCAGCCCGACCGCUGAUGAUCGCGCCGCGGUUCGUUCACCGCUCCGUCCGGCAGCUGCAGCAGCAGCAGCAGUAGCAGCGAGACUCCGAGAGGAGCACGCGGCUGGUGAAGCUCACGUCCAGGAGGCAAUCGCGGGGUCCACGAGGAGGUGGAGACGAGGAAGAGCCGCGUCGCUGUCACGUCCACAGCAGUGCCGCCCCGUGACCGCUCGCUCCGCCCGGCGUGAGGUGCCCUUCCUUCGGAGCGCAUGGCCAGCGAUGGGGGGGGGCCGCGCGCACCAGCUGAUGCGUCUCGCCACGCUGUGCUGCCUCGCCCAGCUGGCGAGCCCCAAGAUCCUCGAGGACACGUACGAGCGCUGGAAUGGCUACCGCAGAGAGUGUUACCAGCAGCAGGAGCUGCAGCCCCUGCCCAUGGGUGUCUACUGCAACCGCACGUUUGACCGCUACGCGUGCUGGCCGGACGGGCUGCCCGACUCGGUGGUGAACGUGUCGUGCCCCUGGUACGUGCCCUGGCACGACAAAGUCCGCCAUGGCCUCGCGUACAGGCGCUGUGGCCCCGAUGGGCAGUGGGAGACGGACGGCGACGGGCAGCCGUGGCGCGACCUCAGCCAGUGCGCGGACCCUCCCGUCGGGGAGCAGUCCGGUCAGUCUCAGAUCCUGAGUGGCUACAAGACGAUGUACACCGUGGGCUACUCGCUGUCCCUGGCUGUCCUCACUAUCGCGCUGGCCGUGCUCCUGUCCUUCAGGAGGCUUCACUGCACCCGCAACUCCAUCCACGCGAACCUCUUCGCCUCCUUCAUGCUGAGAGCGGCGUCCAUCCUGGUGCGUGACGCUCUGCUGGAGACGCGCUGGGAUAUGCCCCUUGGCGAGUCCACGGACUGGGGCACCCUGAUCAGCGACGAGGCGGCGGCAGGCUGCCGGACGGCGCAGGUGCUCACGCAGUACUGCAUCGUCGCCAACUACUACUGGCUGCUGGUGGAGGGCGUGUACCUGCACACGCUGCUCGUGGUGCCUGUCUUCUCCGAGGAGACCUACUUCAAGGUGUACCUCGCCGUCGGCUGGGGGACCCCCGUGCUGUUCGUGGCUCCCUGGGUGGUGGUGAAAUAUUUGAAGGAAAAUACAGAGUGCUGGGGGCACAAUGAGAACAUGGGCUACUGGUGGAUCAUCCGCACGCCCAUACACCUUGCCAUUCUGAUAAACUUCAUCAUGUUCAUAAGAAUACUCAAAAUUAUCACCUCCAAGCUCAGAGCUCACCAGAUGGGCUACACAGACUUCAAAUUCAGGUUGGCCAAGUCGACGCUGACGUUGAUCCCGCUGCUGGGAAUCCACGAGAUUGUGUUCACCUUCAUCACGGACGAGCACGCCCAUGAUGCGCUGCGCCACGUCAAGCUCUUCUUCGCUCUCUUCUUCAAUUCCUUCCAGGGUCUUUUUGUGGCAAUCCUCUACUGCUUUGUCACCAGAGAAGUCCAAGCUGAGGUCCGCAAGCAGUGGAAGCGCUGGCGGCUGGGCAAGGAGCUCGAGAGCAGACUCAACUACAUCCAGGUGUCAAACCUGAAGGCGUCGCGGGACGAGGCCGAGCAGCGCAACGGCCACAGCACGGCCUCCACGGGGCUGCAGGAGACCCAGGACCUGCCGAGCCACACGGAGGCCCUCCGGCCCAACAGCCUGUGCGAUGCGCCACUCCCAACGCCAGACACCGCUUCUCUUAAAUCUCUGCAGGGAGAAGCCCCCUUAGAGCAGCAGCAGCAGCAGCAGGACGAUCACUCGUGCGGCACCAGCUGCACGCCUGUCGUGACUUUUGUCGGCGACGCCGGCAGCAGUGUGUGGACGGUUUGAUGGCGUCUACUCGGGGUCUUCUCGAGUUCUCGCCACUCGCGUUUGCUGGGGGGUGGUGCUGGAGAAGCUUUGAGGAGCUGUGUCCAUGGGGGGUGGCGAUGUCGAGUUGGGUCGUAGCAGCGAGCACGUGUCCCAAGCAUCCUUUGUGGCUGGCGUCUCAUACCCUGCUUGAUGUGUGAGACGGGAUUGCGCACUGUCGCAGACCUCUUCAAAACAUGCCAAUCGCCACCGAGGAGGACAAUGGGACACUUUGACAGCCGACUGCGGAGAGCCGGACCUUGCACUCAGCGACCGUCUCCACCGGUGAAGCCUGCGGCUAAAUAAGGAGUCCUCCUGUCACCCCGGCAAGCCCACCCCGAACGAUCCGUUUUUGGGGAGUGACAGUGGUGAGCCUGUGACAGACUUGCCUGGAAUGUGUCCGAUCUCUGUUGGAUCUCAGUAUGUAAGCAGGGUUGAGCCUUGGACAAGCGCUUCGAUGGGCGACCAACACCGUACAUUAACCAGCUGUUGUAGGCUGCAACUGCGAUCUGUUGUCGGCAGAGGGCAUUGCGGCAUAUGCCAGUGUUGCACUUUACCAUGCUCCACAACGCCUUCGCUAACUUGCACUGACCAGUAUGACGAAGUAUGGUCAAAUGACCCGCAUGUCAUGGGGAGGCCCUGGUCCAGCAGUCGAUUGACCAAUAAAGGAUAUACAUGCGUGCACACGUGGCUGCUUUUACAACAGUUCACGUGUUCAGGAGCUUCACGUGUUCAGCGCCGCUGGUGCAGUGGUAUCCAACAAAAUGAAGUUUCCCCCUUUUUUGGACCCGUGUUUGCAGCGCACAUUCAUGUAGUGACAGUGCAAGAUGAUGGGGUGAGGAUGGGGUGGGGGUGGAGAUGGUGGUUUCGACUGGAAGCCGUUGCACAAGUUGGCAGUAAAAGCCAGAUUAAUAAUCCUGCGAGAACGCACGUGUAUUGCGUUGGGUUAUCAUCAAUCAAGACGCAGCAUGGUCACAUUCCUUAAUGGAAGGAGUUUCCUUUUUUUAAGUCUGCAAAAGGGGCCAUACGGAGGUGUGAGCAUGACCCUUGAACUGCAUUGAUAUGUCGUACACACAGGACCGACAAGAGUGGCGGACAAAACGGAAAAAUUUGCCCCUGGCCUCGCAUAAAAGAGGGCCUCACAACCAUGUUGUCACUAAUAAGGGGGGCCCACGUAACAUUCUACUCUGGGCCUUUAGCCCUGGGUCUCCACGAAUCUCUGGUCGGCCCUACGGUCCUACAUGGGCGUAGUGUGGUUGGCAUGGGCUCUGGUAAAUCGAAUUAAACUUGGGCCUCGUCCAAUUUACUCCCGUAGCCUGGCGCCUGUCCUCUCCAGGCCCGUGGCCACGGGCACCGGUGCAGUUAAACAGCCUGCAUACUCGCUAGCUAUGCUACUAUGUACAUGGCGCAUACGCACAUGGAAACGUCGAGUGUAAGCCUGCCUGCCAUGCAGGGAGCAAGCAGGGCAUAGCACCUGGUGUCCACAAGGCGUGUGACGACGCAUUGUUAUUUCAUGAAUCACAAUCGAUGCACUACGCUCACGAUACACACACGGAUCGGGUAGUAUGUGUAUGCAUCGAUGUAUUAACCUUUUUCAGUAAAUUACGCACAAACGACGUGUAAUGUUACAGUGAGGUGAAGAGAAUGAACAAAACAGUUGAAAAUAGACGGG